UUCAUGGGUCAAAAUUUGGAUUUUGUUGAUAACGAACAUAAGUCAUCGAGCGCGUAACGUGGAGCAUACAAAAGAACUCGAUUAUAAGAAAGAUGGCUUACUUGAGAGUUUUUAUAAUUGCAUUUUGUUUGAGCAGUUUUAACUCAAUAGUCUCCGGUGUUUCAUCAUUUGGCAAAGAGUUUUAUAUCGGGAUACCAGGCAAUUUUGCUAAAGACCGCAACAAUACCAUACAACUGGAUUUCGCCUCCAAGAAACCUGGAGAGAUUCAGAUGAUUAUCCCAUUCCUCGGGUACAACGAAACCCGACCGAUAAACAGGCAUCUGAAAAUAAUGUUAAGCAGUCUAUUGGAAAUGUUCAGCACUGGAAAAGAGAAUAGCGGUAUUUAUAUAAAAUCCACUGAUCUUAUUGCUGUCUUCGUUACAAGCACAAACCACGCGAGUGGAGGCACGUUUCUAGCGUUUCCAUUGGAGUCUCUAGGUACAGAGUACGAUGUGAUUGCUUACCCAUCUGGGUGGAAGUCGGGGUAUCCGUCAGAGGUUGUAUUCGUUGCGCCGUACGACGAAACUACCGUCACCAUGAUUCAUGGCCAAAACAGCUCGAGCGUCCGUCUAAACAGACUGGAUGUUUACCAAAUGGAAACAAGUACUGAAGACCUGACGAUGGGGCUUGUUACCUCUGACAAACCGAUAGCCUUAUUUACUGCUGCGAGCUGUGAUGUCACACCGAAUAUAAACCAUCGAUGCAACAUGGAUUUCGCACAGUGGCUUCCAGUGGCCAAAUAUGGAAAGUCAACUAUCAUUCCCCCGAUUGCCUUUUACAAGCCAAUGGAAUUUCUUCUCUACAGCUUAAACAAUAGUGUCAAUAUCUGUCUUGAUAAUGCACCGAUGAUCGGGCAUUAUUGCAGCUCUGUUUUCAGAGGACGGGUACUGUUUGGAGCAACAAAAGAUAAAACUGUAACCGCUCAUGCCGAUGGAAGAUUUUUGGCCAUCCUAUAUAAGGAACACGAGACCUUCGUCACUCUCGUGCCUGGCAUAGAACAUUUUUUAACCGAAUAUUAUGUUGUUUAUCCUGAGGUGUAUCGAACUCAAUCACAUUUUAUGACCAUCACCGUCCCUAAAGCUGCAAUGUCUGGUUUGCGACUUGAUGGAGGGAUGUUUUCACAGCCUCUAUCUGUGGUGGAUGUGUCAUCUCCAUUCGAAGCAUACACUGUCUUAACUUAUCAGGUAUCAACGACCGGUUACCAUAGCGUCACACACCGUGAUGGUAACAUCACAUUCGGCGUCCUUUGCUACGGAUAUGACAACCAUACGGUGACAGGCGACGGGUCUUCGACGUACGGAUUUCCGGCUGGAUUACAUUUAGGACUUCCAUUACUCGACAUAACAUGUGAAAACAGAGGAACGUUGCUAGGCGACGCUUGUAUUUGCCCAAGUAGGUUUGCGGGAGACCGAUGCCAAACAGAUGCCGAUUGUACGUUUGACGCGGACACUGUGUGUAACUGGACAAAUAUUCACUCAGGGGACAAUUUCGAUUGGGUGGUUUAUCAUUCGACAACGCCCUCUGACGAUACUGGACCAACCAACGAUCACACUUUUGGAACCUCUCGAGGAGCGUACGCCUACAUCGAGUCCAGCGCCCCGCGAGUGAAGGAUGAAAAAGCUUGGCUGCAAAGUCCGGAGUUCAAUCCUACAGGACCUGAAGGUCUUUGCCUUCGCUUUUGGUACAACAUGUAUGGUGCUUCCAUCGGCCAGCUGAACGUGUACCAGGGUCAGGGUAGCGACGGCAGGCUCCUAUGGAGCCUUUCUGGAGAUCAAGGCACUCAUUGGAGACAAGGAAGUGUGAAACUGAAUUCGCAGGAUAAGUUCACUGUAACGUUCGAAGCCACCGUCGGCGACGGCUAUGUCGGAGAUAUCGCCAUUGAUGACAUCAAUUUCACAACGGGCGCUUGUCCAACUUCUGGCGUUGUGAUUGGACGCUAAUGUCGCAAACGAUAUCAGUAUUGCCUUUUGGGAUAUUGAUAUGUUCAAAUGUUGUAAAAUAAAAUGGGACUGUAUCAACAA